GUCUAAAAUUGGACACCGUGAGUUAUAUGUCCAGUCCCUUCUGGGAGUCAUCAGCUGUUGUACAAGCAGAUUCUUAGAGGGUGUUUCAUAGGCUCCAAAUACCCAGCUGACAGGCCACAGGCUGCAAGCAUGAACAGAAGGAUAUAAAUAGGAGCCAUUCCCUGCAGCACAGAAGUUUACAGAACUUUCUCGGCUGAUGGUUGUGAUGUUUAUUAAAGCUGGUGCAGGGCAUUUUCAGAACUGAAGCCAGAGGAUCAAGACGCUGCUCUCACUCCCAAUGACUCUGCUUAAUUCUCUGAAGAAUUUCUAAUACUUCAAGUUUAUCUUGGCUCAGUUUCAUUCUGCAUAUCCUUUCUUUGGAAGUAACUGAUCAUAGCCGCACACUUUACCUGAAAGCUAUAAAUUUUUUAUUUGGAAUUAUUCUUUUAUAUUUUGCUGUCACAUUUUUUGCACGGAUAUGGCAGACAGUCAAUUGCCCUUCACUUGUCAUUAUCCCGCAAGUAGACUUAGCAGAGGCCGGGACCCUUUCCGAGAACAAGGCUUGUCUUCACGUAUCCUGGAUGAUGAUUUUGGAUUUUCAGAUGACUUAACCAUGGACUGGCCAGAGUGGGCAAGGCCUAGGCUCACUACCUCCUGGUCAGGCCCUUUGAGAUCAGGCCUGGCACGGACAACUGGUGCCUCCCCUCCCGGAUACAGUGCUAGAUACACUGGGUACCCUGAACCUCGUAACACUGUGGCCACCCCAAGCCAGCCCUGGAAGGUGUGUGUUAAUGUACAAAGUUUCAAGCCAGAGGAACUGACAGUGAAAACCAAAGAUGGAUUUGUAGAAGUGUCAGGAAACCAUGAAGAACAGCAAAAGGAAGGAGGAAUAGUCUCAAAGAACUUUACCAAGAAGAUUCAAUUGCCCACAGAAGUGGAUCCCCUGACAGUGUUUGCCUCUCUUUCUCCGGAGGGUCUACUUAUAAUUGAAGCACCAUUGGUCCCUUCCUACAAUCAGCAAGGAGAUGAUACUUACACCUAUGAGCUUCCUCUUGACCCCCAGGAAGUUAAUGCUUCAUAAUCUAAGCCAAAAGAAAGCCUCCUCUGGAGAAUCUCACUUGAAUUCCACACAAAGCUGCAUUAGUGACCCAGAAGAGUACGUUGUAUCCAGUAUGUUGUGAUUUCUGUAUAAUUAAGCCUUAUUAGAACCUACUCUAGACAUAUAAUAUUUCCGGAACCGGGUCUUUGCCAUCUCUUGGAUGCAGUGACAGCUGAGCGGGUACAUGUUCAAUACUUAUUUUAGAUCAUGACGUGUAACAUUUUCAUUGCUGUUUAGUCAAGAGUUGCCUGACAAGGAUGACCUACAAAUAAAAAUACAAAUAUACCAUUCUUUUUACCAUAUGUAAUUAGUAAUUUUACCACAUGUAAUUUAUUAGAUUCUAUCUGUAUGAUGCAGUCAGCAUGUUUCUUGACCUUAAUUGUUCCAUGAAAAUAAAACACAUUUUAUAGAACAGUAGCUGCCAGUGUUGGACAUCACAUACAGUAUAGAGUUCUAGAUGUCUCAUUCUAUUUGAAGCAAUACCUAUAUAUCCAGUUUACAUGAAGUCACUAAUGAUUACACUACAUAAUAUGUCAUUACAAAAUGCUCUAGACUCCUAAUUCAUGAAAACAGUAGAGCAACAUGCAAUUCUGAUUCAUAUUCUUAAGGUCUUACAUGUUCUUAGAUUUGUGUCAGUUUGUAUUCCUUACUAGAGAUCACAAAAGCUGAGCUUUUUCCAUUGUGCACUGUGGGAGAAAAAAAAAAUUGGCUUGGGGUGUGAUGUAACUCUAGGUUUGUAUGUAUAUUGGAAAAUAUAGAUGGUGUUUUUCAUUUGAUUGUCUUGCAAAAAUCAUGGGUAUUAAAUGUUUCUAAACAA